GACCCUCCGCCGCGCCGCCUCUCCACAAAAGAGCCCAGGCCCGGCCCGGCGGCUCGCAGCGGUGGCGGCCCGGCGGGGCUCUUUGUUCGCCGGUCGGGCGGCCCGGGAGCAGCAGGCGGCGCAGGCGGACGGAGAGGCGGGCCGGUGGGCGGCGCAGAGCAGGAGAGAGCCGCGGCCGGCGGGCAUGAAGGGGCGGCGGGGCGCCCUGUCCCGCUCCGCCGUCCUCCCGCAGCGCCCUCCGCAGUGAGCCUCGGCGGGGGCUCCCGGUCGUCCUCCUGCGGUCCAUGGCGGCGGCCCCCGGGCGGGGAUGGCGGGGCCGGUGGGCGUAGGCAGCCCCCCGGGCGCCAUGGCGGAGUGGCGGCAGUGCGGGCGCUGGCUGAUCGACUGCAAGGUGCUGCCCGCCAACCACCGCGUGGUCUGGCCCUCGGCCGUGGUCUUCGAGCUGGCGCAGGCGCUGCGGGACGGCGUGCUGCUCUGCCAGCUGCUGCACAACCUCUCGCCCGGCUCCGUCGACCUCAAGGACAUCAACUUCCGUCCGCAGAUGUCGCAGUUCCUUUGCCUGAAGAACAUCCGGACUUUCCUGAAAGUGUGCCAUGACAAGUUUGGCCUCCGGAACAGCGAGCUCUUCGACCCCUUCGACCUCUUCGACGUGCGGGACUUCGGAAAAGUCAUCUCAGCGGUUUCCAGGCUUUCCCACCACAGCAUUGCCCAGAACAAGGGAAUCAGGCCCUUCCCUUCAGAGGAGACCACCGAAAAUGAGGAUGAUGUCUACCGCAGCUUGGAAGAACUGGCGGACGAGCACGAUUUGGGAGAGGACAUUUACGAUUGCGUCCCGUGUGAAGAUGAAGGCGACGACAUCUACGAAGACAUCAUCAAAGUGGAGGUGCAGCAGCCCAUGAAAAUGGGCAUGACAGAAGAUGACAAGAGGAACUGCUGCUUGUUAGAAAUCCAAGAAACAGAAGCCAAGUACUACAAGACACUGGAGGAGAUCGAGAAGAACUACAUGAAUCCAUUAAGGCUGAUCUUGACUCCACAAGACAUGGGAGCCAUAUUCAUCAACUUGGAGGACCUUAUUAAAGUGCACUUCAACUUUCUCAGAUCCAUCGAUGUCUCCAUGAUGGCUGGUGGAAGCACCUUGGCCAAAGUUUUUCUUGAAUUCAAAGAAAGGCUUUUGAUCUAUGGCGAGUACUGCAGCCGGAUGGAGCACGCACAGACUACCCUGAAUCAUCUCAUGGCCAACCGAGAGGACGUACGGCAAAAAGUUGAGGAAUGUACCCUGAAGGUCCAGGAGGGGAAGUUCAAGCUCCAAGAUCUGCUGGUGGUGCCGAUGCAGAGAGUCCUGAAGUAUCACCUCCUGCUCAAAGAGCUGCUCAGCCACUCGUCCGACCGGCCAGAGAAGCAGCAGCUGAAGGAAGCGUUGGAGGCCAUGCAGGACUUGGCCAUGUUCAUCAAUGAAGUCAAACGGGACAAAGAAACCUUGAAGAAAAUAAGCGAAUUCCAGAGCUCCAUCGAAAACCUGCCGGUGAAGCUGGAAGAGUACGGGCGGCCAAAGAUCGACGGGGAGCUGAAGGUCCGGUCCAUCAUCAACCACACAAAGCAGGAUCGGUAUUUGUUUUUGUUUGAUAAAGUGGUGAUUGUCUGCAAAAGGAAAGGCUACAGCUACGAGCAGAAAGACAUCCUGGAGCUGCUCUGUUACAAGAUGACCGAUGACCCCACCAACAACAAGGACAUCAAGAAGUGGUCUUAUGGCUUCUACCUCACUCACCUUCAAGGCAAGCAGGGGUUCCAGUUCUUUUGCAAGACGGAAGAGAUGAAACGGAAGUGGAUGGAGCAGUUUGAAAUGGCCAUAUCCAACAUCAAGCCCGAGAAAGCCACGGCGAACAACCACCAGUUCCAGAUGUUCACCUUUGACAAGACCACCAACUGCAAAGCCUGCAAGAUGUUUCUAAGGGGAACCUUCUACCAAGGCUACCAGUGCCUGAAGUGCAAGGCGGGCGCCCACAAGGAGUGCCUGGAGGUCAUCCCACCCUGUAAAUUCAGUUCUCCUGCUGAGCAGGAAUCACUGAAUCUAGGCCCUAAAAUGGUGGCCCUCCAGAAUUACCAUGGCAACCCGGCUCCACCAGGGAAACCUGUGUUAACUUUCCAAAUGGGCGAAGUGAUUGAGCUGCUCCGAGGGGAACCGGAUUCCCAGUGGUGGGAGGGGAGGCUCAUCGUGUCCAAGAAAUCUGGCUAUUUCCCCAGCUCGUUGGUCAAGCCUUGCCCAGUGGACGCGCGGCCUCCCAGCAGCCGCCCUCCUUCACGAGAGAUGGACUACUCCACGUACCCCUGGUUUGCAGGCAACAUGGAGAGGCAGCAGACGGACAACCUCCUGAAGCAGCACGCCAGCGGGACCUACCUGAUCCGGGAGAGGCCAGCAGAAGCCGAGCGUUUUGCCAUCAGCAUCAAGUUCAAUGACGAGGUCAAGCACAUUAAAGUGGUUGAAAAAGAUAACUGGAUCCACAUCACAGAAGCCAAGAAGUUUGAAAGCCUCUUGGAAUUGGUGGAGUACUAUCAAGCCCAUUCACUGAAGGAGAGCUUCAAACAGCUGGACACAACGUUAAAGUAUCCCUACAAAUCCCGGGAACGCUCAGCCUCAAGAACCUUGGCUCGAUCCCCAGCUGCCUGCGCUUCCUACAAUUUUUCCUUUCUCAGUCCUCAGGGCCACCACUUCACUUCUCAGAAUCCCUCCACUCCUUUUUGGUCAGUCUUCACCCCUCGGGCCAUCGGGACUGCAGUGGCCAGGUACAACUUUGCUGCCCGGGACAUGCGGGAGCUCUCCCUGCAGGAAGGGGACGUGGUGAAGAUCUACAGCCGGAUCGGCGGGGACCAAGGCUGGUGGAAGGGGGAGGCCAACGGCCGAAUUGGCUGGUUCCCUUCGACCUACGUGGAGGAGGAGGGGGUGCAGUGAUGCCCAGACUGGCAGGAGCUACUGUCUCCAAGGGCAGCCCCGGCCGUCUCUGGGCCUCCGAGGGAAACUGGACUGUUCUUCCAGCACCGAGGAGAGAGCCCACUCCCCAGCCCGUGGGCGUGAGUGCAUGAGGGGAAUGUGCAGCAGUGGGGCUGGAGGAACGUGGGCGCAUGGGCAAGGCACGGCUGCUUCUCUCCUUCUGAUUUCCUGGCACGGAAGAGCCAAAUGGCAUUUGCAGAAAACCACGAAGCCUCUGGGGAAGGCAGGCUGGACCGAUGGCCUGGCCAGAAGCAGCGGCACUACAAAGCCUUCUGAGGUGUGGAAGAUGGGCUUGGUGGUGUCUGAUGCUUGGGUGGGAUACUAGAAGAGAUGCUUCUCUAGGAUUUGGGAGCAUGCUGCCAAGAGUGCCCUUGGCUUAGGGGUUUUUUGGGGGGUGGGGGUGGGGAGUUUCUGCAAGUCCUGGUGUCCACUGUGGCCGUGGGCCACCUGAAGCGGCCCUAAAUGUGAGUGGGCCCCUUUGUGGUUGAGGAGAGAAUCCAUCCAGUUACCAAGUGAGCAUCCCCAGAAUUGCUGGGAUUCUUCCUGAGCCUGCCUUGAAUUUGGGACUGCAAUGCAAACAUCUGGCUGGAGAGAAGGAAGCACGAGAGAGACGUGGGCUGCACCCCACGGCUGCCUCUCCCUCUGGCUUGUGGGUCUUUCCUCCAUCAGUGCUGGGAACCUGUCUGAGCCGGCUGCCAGAACGGACCCCGAGGCCUCCAGGAGCCUCGGCCAGUCGCACAUCCAGCUUGGCCCGGCAUCGCUUGGCCUCCUCAGGGCCUGCUGGCUCCUGCUGCUGCCCUCUGCAUUCCUCAGGAAGCCUUUGCCUUAUUGCUCAUCCUGCUGGCAAAACAGUUCCCAUCCAUCCAGAGCUGGAGGAGCUUCUGCUGGGAGAAGAGGCGGCCAAAGAGGAUUAGCGUCCGGUAGAACAGGCGCCGUCCCCACGGCUGCCACAGAUGCACGCAGAUCCCCUGCAGGGAUCUCUCCAGCAUUCGGCUCCCCACCCCCCAGCCCCAAAACAUCUGGGGAGCUGCUGCAAAGGUGGAAUCUCUCUGCCUUUGGGACUUUGGGGAGAUGAAGGCCAUAAGUUGGUUUAACUUUCCCUUCCAAACAUGCCUCAAGGAGCUCUCUUGAGCACUGAGCCGCUUCCCCGGCUUGCAAAGGGCUUUGGGGCCAGGGGGCUGCUUGUGGGGCAGGAGCUUGGCUUUUCUGGUGGGGGCAGAGGCCAAGGUCUCCCAGAGGCUGCCGAGGCCAUCUGCUGCUGCCCCGAGAUUGGCACAGCAGCCCCUCCGCUUGCCCACCCCCAGCAGAUCUGCGCUUGGAUGCCCAAGCGCAGGCCUGAGCCCACAGUAGAUUUGCCUCCAUUUGAGGUUUGCCUGAAAUCAGCCUCAAACUUUAAAAUCCUCUUGGCUUUUCCCAGCUGCUUCUGUCCUUUGCAGACAGCCUAGCAAAGCAAGCAUUCCCUGACAUGGGUGCCCCUCCAGAAAUGGGGCUGGCCCUGGGUCAGGGAGCAGAGGGACCUUUCAGUCGUUUCCCUUUUCAUGUAGGGAAAUAGCUACGUGUGGUAGAGAGAGGCAGAAAGACACACAGACAGACAGAGAGAGCUCAACGAAGUUGAUCAGCAGCAGCUGGGUGGGAUCCCCAGCUAGAACCCGUUGGGUCAUCAAGCAAAUCGCCCUAGGGAGGAGGGAGCUCAGCUGCCCUUCCCACUUAGAUUGAAGCCACUGGGGCCGGGGUGUGUGUGUGUGUAGGUAGGAGAAAGGAAAGAAAGUCGGUCUGGCUUGCGAAAACCCCAGUGACCACUAGAUAGCCUAAGAGGGACUGUUUGUCUUCUCUUUGCUGCUCUCUAGGCCUUGCCUGGAGUUCUGCAGCCUGGGUGGGAUUCCGUGCUCUGAGCUGGGACCCAGAGAUGCUUUGCAGAACCAGAGCAGAGAAAUAUGCUGCUCGCAUCUCCCUGGACCGCUCCCCAGUUCCUCCCGAAGCCAAGAGAGGGUUAGCAAGAGGCAUGAAGGCACCAGGGAGGGCCCACCGCAGCACACCCGGUGCCAGAAGGGAGCCCGUGCAGCAUCUUCCUAACUGGCCCCUUUCCCCUCUUGGAGACGGCCUCUCCCAGCCUGUGCUGCAGAUGGGGCAGAGGCCACCAGGAGAAGGCCAGGCUUGAAGCAUCUGCAUCUUUCCCCUCUUUCUGGAGCCCUCCAGAAUCCCCCCAGUGGAUGCAGUGGGGGGAAGUGGGGGAGGACCAGAAGGAGACGGUGACCCCAUCUGGAGAAGGACAAGCGAAAGAAAGGCAACCACCCAGUCUCCACCAGGCAGGUUUGCCUGUUCUGUGAACUGGGUGAGGGAAGUGCUGGGCCAGGACUGGGAGGCCGGGGCUGAAGCCCACUCCUGGCUGAGUGAGCCCCGGGAGACGAGGCCACCUGCGCAGGGUUGUUGUGGAGAAAAGCCAGUGCUGUGGGGCUGCCUCUGUUGCAGACGCCACUUGUCUGAGCACGUGCAGAAGUUCAGCCCUUACAGAAGUCCAUCCGUACGUUUGGAAAACGAGGUUAAGCAAGAGGAAGACUGAAAAGAGGCGUUUCUU